AAACAAAAAGAAAGAAGAAGCACAGAAAUUUCAGAAAAUUGGGGAAAAGAAGGAAAACUUUUAUUUCUUUACAUUUUCCCCACCGGAGUGAGAUACUCGUCUUCUGAUUCCUCAUCCGAAUUCUGCCUUUUUUCCCUUGAGUGGGAUUUUGGUGGAUCUGCGAGGGUUUUGGAAGAAAACAUGUCUUCGUUAAGCAGGGAGUUAGUGUUUCUAAUCCUCCAGUUUUUGGAUGAAGAGAAACACAAGGAAACAGUUCACAGGUUGGAGAAGGAGUCGGGGUUUUUCUUCAAUAUGAGGUAUUUUGAAGAUUGUGUGACAAAUGGAGAGUGGGAGGAGGUAGAGAGUUACUUGUCAGGGUUUACGAAAGUGGAUGAUAACCGAUAUUCGAUGAAAAUUUUCUUUGAGAUCCGAAAGCAGAAGUAUUUGGAAGCACUUGACAAACAUGAUCUGGCAAAGGCGGUGGAGAUUCUCUCAAAGGAUUUGAAAGUUUUCUCUACUUUUAACGAAGAUCUUUUUAAGGAGAUCACACUCCUUUUGACAUUGCGCGAUUUUAGAGAGAAUGAGCAGCUUUCAAAGUAUGGAGAUACCAAGUCAGCCAGGGCUAUAAUGCUUGUUGAGCUGAAGAAGUUGAUUGAGGCAAAUCCCCUCUUUCGUGAUAAGCUUCAGUUUCCUACCUUAAAGAACUCAAGACUGCGAACACUUAUCAACCAGAGUUUAAAUUGGCAACAUCAACUAUGCAAGAAUCCAAAGCCUAAUCCUGAGAUAAAAACCCUCUUUGUGGAUCAUUCAUGCGGGCAACCCAAUGGUGCUAUACCACCGUCUCCUGUCACUCACCCAUUGAUAGGAUCGAUGCCAAAAAUUGGAGGGUUUCCACCAAUUGCUGCUCAUGGUCCAUUUCAGCCUGGGCCAGCACCUCUAACUGCGUCUCUUGCUGGAUGGAUGGCCAAUCCAUCGUCUGUACCACACCAAGCUGCCUCUGUGGGACCUAUGGGAAUGGCACCUCCUAAUAAUGCUGUGUCUCUGGUGAAGCGUCCAAGGACUCCUCCUAACAAUCCAACACUGGAUUAUCAAACUGCUGAUUCAGAGCAUGUUUUGAAGAGACCAAGACCGUUUGGGAUAUCCGAGGAGGCCAAUGAGCUCACAGUUAAUAUAUUGCCAGUCUCCUAUCCUGGACAGAUGCACAUCCUAAGCGCAUAUGGUUCGGAUGACAUACCCAAGACUGUUGUUGCAAAUCUUAAUCAGGGCUCUGCUAUUAAGAGCAUGGAUUUUCAUCCUGUGCAAUUGACUUUGCUUGUUGUUGGCACAAACAUUGGUGACAUUGCCUUGUGGGAGGUCAGUACCAGGGAAAGGCUUGUGUCUAGAAAUUUCAAGGUUUGGGACCUUGCGUCAUGUACGACUGCUCUACAGGCUUCUUUAGUAAAUGAAUAUACUGCAUCGGUGAACCGUGUGAUGUGGAGUCCAGAUGGGUCCUUGUGUGGUGUUGCAUAUUCCAAGCACAUUGUUCACAUAUACUCCUAUUAUGGUGGCAAUGAUUUCAAAAACCAUCUUGAGAUUGAUGCCCACAUUGGUAAUGUCAGUGAUCUUGCUUUCUCUCACCCCAACAAACAACUAGCCCUCAUAACUUGUGGAGAGGACAAGACAAUCAAGGUCUGGGAUGCUGCCACUGGUUCUAAGCUGUAUACAUUUGAGGGUCAUGAAGCACCUGUCUAUUCUGUAUGCCCUCAUUAUAAAGAAAAUAUUCAGUUCAUCUUUUCUACCUCAACUGAUGGCAAGAUUAAGGCAUGGCUUUAUGAUCCCCUGGGAUCAAGGGUUGAUUAUGAUGCGCCAGGUCGUUCCUGUACAACCAUGGCCUAUAGUGCGAAUGGUACAAGGCUCUUUUCAUGUGGUACAAGUAAAGAUGGUGAAUCAUACCUCGUGGAGUGGAAUGAAAGUGAAGGGGCUGUAAAACGGUCAUAUCAAGGUCUCGGGAAGCGUUCUGUAGGUGUAGUUCAGUUUGACACAACAAAGAAUAGGUUUUUGGCUGCUGGUGACGAGUUUGUGGUUAAAAUUUGGGACAUGAAUGAUACAAGUCUUUUAACAACGGUUGAUGCAGAGGGUGGCCUAUCGGCUUCUCCUUGUGUUCGCUUCAAUAAGGAAGGGAUACUCUUAGCUGCAUCGACCAUUGAGAAUGGUGUCAAAAUACUUGCAAAUGCUGAAGGUGUUCGGAUAAUACGUGCCAUUGAAAGUCGUAUAGUUGAUCCUUCUAGACUUGCAUCUGGAUCUGUUGCAAGAGCCCAUAUGAUCCCCACAUAUGGUUCUUCCAGUUCAAAUGCUGGACCAGGUAUUGGCAUUGCAGAUAGAAGUGCACCGCUCUCAACUAUUGUUGCACUGAAUGGAGAUGCGCAAAGUUUGCCAGAUGUGAAACCUAGGAUCUCUGACGAAAUGGAAAAAUUGAAGAUUUGGAAGUUGGCUGAAAUAAAUGAACCAUCUCAGCUUCGUUCCUUGCGGCUUCCUGACAGUUUGUUAGCAGUGAGGAUUAUUAGGUUAAUCUAUACGAAUUCUGGAAGUGCAAUUUUGUCAUUGGCAUAUAAUGCUGUACACAAACUUUGGAAAUGGCAAAGAAAUGAAAGAAACUUGACUGGGAAGGCAACUACUGCAGUACCACCACAGCUGUGGCAGCCUUCGAGUGGAAUAUUAAUGACUAAUGAUAUAAGUGAAACAAACCUUGAAGAAGCUGUUCCGUGCUUUGCACUUUCAAAGAAUGAUUCUUAUGUCAUGUCAGCAUCAGGAGGAAAAAUUUCUCUAUUCAACAUGAUGACUUUCAAGACAAUGACAACAUUUAUGUCCCCUCCGCCUGCAGCAACUGUUCUUGCCUUUCACCCUGAGGAUAAUAAUGUUAUUGCCAUUGGCAUGGAGGACUCUACAAUACAAAUCUACAAUGUUCGUGUUGAUGAGGUAAAAAGCAAGCUCAAAGGCCAUCAGAAAAGAGUAACUGGGCUUGCCUUCUCCAAUAUUCUACGUGUCCUGGUAUCAUCUGGAGCUGAUGCUCAGAUUUGUGUUUGGAGCACAGAUGGUUGGGAGAAGAAGGUAAGUAAGUACUUGCAAAUUCCAUCUGGGCGUGCACUGAAUCCCCUUGCGCAGACACGUGUUCAAUUUCAUCAGGAUCAAAGUCAUAUUUUGGUUGUUCAUGAGACGCUGAUUGCUGUCUAUGAGGCAUCAAAACUAGAUUGCAUUAACCAGUGGGUUCCUCGAGAAUCAAGUAGUGCAAUCACAGAUGCUACUUAUUCAUGUGAUAGCCAGUUAAUAUAUGCAAGCUUUGAAGAUGGGACCAUAUGCGUCCUUACUGCUGCAGCUCUAAAACUAAGGUGUCGGAUCAGUUCUGCAGCCUAUUUACCUCCCAAUCCAAGUUCAAGGCUGCAGACACUUGUGAUUGCAGCUCAUCCAUCAGAGGCCAACCAGUUUGCUGUGGGACUUAGUGAUGGCGGGGUGCAUGUCCUUGAGCCACUGGAAUCGGAAGGGAAGUGGGGUAGUGCACCUCCUGAUGAAAUGGGUUCAGGGUAUAGCAUCACUCCUGUUGCAUCUGGGGUGGAGCAAUUGUCAAGAUAGCAGUCAACUUCAGCUCUGUUCAUGGUUGUAUCUGGAUAGCUUAGUCUGUCUUCUUAUUUGUUCGGGAGGUCUAAACUCUAGUUGACGUAGGCAGCUUUCGCUGUGGCAAGUAGGGGGAUGGUAUUUUGAUUUCAGAAUUGAUGGUUCGGACUUGGGUAAGUCUUCAUAAAUUCUAUAUACAACUGAGAAGAGGUGAGACAAUGUUUAUAUACAUAGGUCUAGGAGAUAGGAAUUAGAAUCAACCCUGGGGACAUGUCUGAAGAUAUUUCUUUUCAGGACUGAAGAACAUUUGAGCUUUUGUAAGAGUUUCUGUUACAUUUUUGUUCUUGUAAAUUGCUAGCUUGUGUGUUUGUGUCCAAGGAAAUGUCUUUUGGAUCUUUUCAGCA